AGUCGUGCCUGAUAAGCCUGUGAAGGCAACAUCUGAGAUAACACUAUUCUAAAAUAAUAACAAUAAUUUUGGGGAUACUUAAACGUUUUGCAAUCAUCAGGAAUUAAACUAUUUUCUGGGGAGGUAAAUCAAGCGUCAUUUAAAUGCCGGCAGGUCACUCGUUCGCUACCCACAGUGGGAACGUUCUGUUUUGAUCUCCCCAAAAGACACCAAGUACUGAUGAAACCAGGAAACGGACUCGAGAACGUUACGAUAAGUCUGGGACUGUUCACGCAAUCGAGCUACAAUAAAUAUGUUUGAAAUAAACGCUCUCAGUAAAGUGUUGUUCUCCAAAUUAUCGAUGAAAAGAGUUACAAAUGCUUCAUCAUUUUAUGUAUUGUUAUUGACUACUAUCCAUAUACAAAGCGAUGGCUAGAAGAUAUCUAUGUAUUUGUAUCCAUGACUUUCUUUAGUUAUGAACGAAAGUGUUUGGCUUUAGGCUUUUAAAAUGCGGUUCCGUUACCUAGGUAAUGCCGACAUCGAGCCAGACGCUCAUACUUAAAAAAUGCGUACUGACAGAGGAUGAAGGGCGACCGACGUCGUCGGGACAUCGGUCGGGAUCAAAGUGCUCUGUGUCGACAGGUGUGAGAUCGGGUCCCCAGUGCGCGUUCCGUACCCCGGCCCGCUUCAGCAUCGUGACCGUCUCCAACUUGGGGCAGGAGCUGGUUGGCGGGGGGAGGGACAUGCCGGACCGGGACGCUGUGCAGGCCCAUGGGCGCUUGACUGUGCAGCUCUUCAAACAUCACCCGCUUCUGAGGGGUUACACCAGCAUCCUCGCAUUCGACCCGGACUCGAAAUCCUAUCAGGUUACCAAACAACGAAGUGUGCCUGACUCGCAAUUUGAGAAUGACGUCAUCUUUUUGACGUAAUAAAGUUCUUAUUUCAACGAAAUUCCAAAGUUAACUUGUGUUCAAAUGUAAAAAAGGACGAAUAUGCAUAAAGUUAUAACGAAAAGAGGUUGUUUUUGCCUAUACUGAAUACAGAUGU